AGAAAGAGAGAGAGAGGGAGAAAGAGACGCUGCUUCAUUAGAGCUAGAUAUUUGGUUGAAGAAGAAGAAAACUUGCCUUAUUUUUCUUGUGAAUUUUUUUGCUAAGAUUUGAAUUCGACCCGUUUUUUUCAUAUUUAGUGGUUCUUUGGUGUUUUUUCAACUUUAACCUCAUCUAGAUAUAACUUGUCACUCAUCAAUCCAGAAAUGGCUUCCAUGCAAAGUCCGGAUAUCAGUUUAAUUCAUUUCAUAUUGAGAUUGUUAAUUGCUGUGGGUAGCUUCCUUUCUACCAUUUUCAAAGUACCCUUCAUCAUAUAUGCUGUUGAAUUUGUCAUCGAUUUCCUCAUGAAACAACAAGAGAAUAAAAGUUCAAGUUCAAGUGUUCAACCAGAUUCAGAAUCUAAACAAUUAGACUUGCCAACUGUUGAACUGGCUCUAAAUGUAAUACUUCUAGUGAGCUUGUUUAUUGCUGUUUUAGUUGUUCUCAUCAGAGCUGUUUACACCAUUUGCUUGGGACGUUUGAUCAAUGUUUAUUCAUACUUGAUUAUAAUGGGACUAUGGAUUACUUUUAUACUAAUUGCUACGAUGACUGAUGGUUGGAAAGGACCAUUAAAUUAUGCAAUUCUUGGUGCCCGAAUUUUGCUUGUCGGUUGGUUUGCCGUUAAAGCUCCAUCAACAUGGCAUUUCAUCCUACUUCGUGCUUCUUUAAUCAUCGAUAUCAUCUCAUAUCCAGCAAUGAUUGGACUUGCCAUUCUCAAUAUCAAAUAUAACUUCCUUAAAGAUCGUAAAAUCGGAGUCUGGACUCGUUACAACAACCUCAUUCGUACUUUAUAACUUAAUCGUGUUGGUAAAAUGGAAAAAUUUGGUCUAUUUAAGAGGUGCAAAGCAAAUUACAGAUUGAACCUUCAAAUGAUGAUAUUUAAGUAUAUCGGUGUAAAUUAUUAAUCCAGUGUCAAUCGCUGAAAGUGCUGUCUAAAAAUAGAUAAAGGACAAGCUCUAUUUGUUUCAGACCCUAUUUAAAUUGUAAAGCAAGGAUUUGUCUGAUUCACUAGGAGAUCUCAUCAUAAUUGCCAUUGACAUGGAAGUAUGUACAAAAUCAAUUUGCUUUUUUGAACCACAUUUUUUGUUAAUAUCACUGAGAUAAAACUAAACUCUGGAAUCAGUUGAACGACAAAUGCCGCAUCUUUAAAAGAGGACAUUCACCAUCUGCAACCAGGACAAGCCACAAAUUACUGUAGAUCCUUUAUUUUGUAAAAACAAUGGCAUAUCCUUGAGUAGAUGGCGUAUUUCCGUUGUAAAAAUAACCGUAAAUAUGCAGUAUACCUUAAAAUUUAUGAUGGUCCACAGACCAAGCCAAAAAUAAAUGCCAAAUGCGCUAAACUAGCCAUGUAAAGUAACCUAAAGUCUAGUAAGCGUUCGCCAUCUAUUGAAGUCUAUUGAAUCUACAUUUUCUAAGCUUUCUUAACUUUUCGUAAAACAACACACGCAACGAGAAACUUGUCUCAAUCAUGUUUCAUAUUCAUGUUUCUUAGUAUCUUUGCCAAUAAAACUAACUCAUUAUCUAAAUUAUUAA